CGCUGCUGCAUACAAGAACAACUUAAUGCUGAACUUUCAUCUGUCACGACAACAAAGUAUAACUUUCCUCCAUGGAGAGAACAAAUGUGCUGUAACUUGCUGUGAGGAUAAACCAAUGGAAACAACAAAUAACAACAACGAGGACUCGAAAUUAACUCCAGACCCAGGAGGACAGAAGCGUGAUCAGUCACCAGCAGAGAAAGUGUUUGGUCGGCAGCUGAGUGAACCAGGGCGCUUUGCGUACGCUGGGUUAUGUGGAGUGUCUUUGGGCCAGCUGUUUCAAGGACCUGAGCAAAAACGUUUUCGUGAGACGUAUCUGGAGGGUCUUGUUCAGUGGCUGGAUCUUGAUGAGUCGGUCAUGCCGGUUAUGCAAGCGUUCCUGGCAGGGCUCGGGUUCGAAGGCACUGACACCUUCCUGUCCAUCUUGCAUGCGGAGCCGCUGCUCAGAGCCGGAGCUUUACCCAUCACUCAGGAUCUUGUGUCUUUCUCUGUCAAAGAUGGACAUUAUGAUGCCAGGGCUCGAGUUCUGAUCCGACAUGUCAGCUGUCUGCUGCAUGUGACCCAACAGCAGCUGGAGGAUUUUGAAGAGACUCUCAGAGAGAUAUUGAGAGAAGCAGGAGAGGAGAGCGAAGAAGAGUCAUCAAGAAGACAGAAGAAAGAGAGAGGUCGUAAAUUGCGCCGGUACCUGCUCAUCGGACUUGCCACUGUAGGUGGAGGGACGGUAAUUGGUGUUACAGGAGGGCUGGCGGCUCCUCUGGUGGCUGCCGGGGCAGGAGCGGUGCUAGGAGCGGGUGGAGCCGCUGUGCUGGGAUCAGCCACGGGCAUCGCCAUCAUGGCCUCCUUGUUUGGAGCCGCAGGGGCCGGGUUAACAGGCUAUAAAAUGAACAAGCGUGUCGGCGCUAUCGAGGAGUUUGAGUUUCUUCCGAUGAGUUCUGGAAAGCAUCUUCAUCUCACUAUAGCCGUGACAGGCUGGCUGUGCAGUGGCAAAUACAGUUCGUUUCAGGCUCCCUGGUCCAGUCUAGGAGCAUGUGGCGAGCAGUACUGUCUGAAAUGGGAGUCGCGUUAUUUAUUGGACCUGGGCUCUAUUCUGGAUUCAUUAUGGGAUGGGCUUGUUAGUGUCGUAGCUCAGGAGGCCCUCAAAUACACAGUGCUCUCAGGCAUAGUAAUGGCUCUGACAUGGCCUGCGUCUCUGCUGGCUGUGGCCAGUGUGAUCGACAACCCCUGGGGAGUGUGCCUGAGUCGAUCAGCAGAGGUGGGAAAACACCUCGCCCAGGUGCUCCGGAGCCGACAGCAGGGAAAGCGGCCUGUCAGUCUAAUUGGAUUUAGCCUUGGAGCUCGUGUCAUCUACUUUUGCCUAGAAGAGCUCGCUAAUGAUCAAGGUAGUGAAGGUGUGGUGGAGGAUGUGGUGCUGCUGGGGGCCCCUGUGGACGGAUCCGAGAAAGCAUGGCAGCGACUGUCCAGGGUUGUGGCUGGGAAGAUUGUUAAUGGAUAUUGCAGAGGGGAUUGGCUUCUUGGAUUCCUGUAUAGAAGUUCAUCAGUCCAGCUGUCUGUUGCUGGGCUCCAGCCAAUCAAUUCACAAGAUCGCAAAAUAAUCAAUGUGGAUCUGUCAUCAGUGGUAAAAGGACACCUGGACUAUAUGCGUCAGAUGGACACCAUCCUAGUAGCAGUAGGGGUUCCUACCAGGGAAGAAGCUGGAGCCAUGAGUGGCAAACAAAAGCUGGUACAUUUAUCUCAGGAAAAAGCAGGCACUCCAGUAUCAGCUGGUCAGAGCAGAGUCAAAGGGGAACCAUCCAUGGACAUUUCAAACAAUGAUACCUCAGACACCACAGAGGCAAAUGUAGAUAAAUACAAGACACAGACUGUAGACAGGGAAUGGUGCGAGAGGAAGGACUCUGAGAAUGGCUGGGAUAUCCCUGAUAUAUCUGAUUUACUGGACUCCAUCAGUGAAUGUGAUGGCGUCCCUGAUCCCUGUCAAGGGAACGCACAUUCGCUAUGCGCUCUCGGAGUCAAGGAUCAUGUUGAACCAUCUCAAGAUCAAGGCAAAAUAGACAGAGACGAUGAAAGUGAGACAGACUGUGAGCACACAUCCUGGGACUGGGACGACACGAACUGGACAACUGAAUGCACAAACACAACCUACCAGUCGCACACUGAAGCACAGGAGCAGUUAGUCAGUGGCAAACCUGCUGGUUCUGAGCCAAGAGCCUUGACAUUUCCUUGAUUCACAACUCAUA